AUGAAAGAGUUCCAAGAUACCCUCUUCGACCUAGAACUUUCCGAUCACCCUUUCUUUGGCCCCACCUUCACUUGGAGUAACAAACAACAAGAAUCUCACCUCGUGAGAAAGCUUGAUAGGGUUAUAUUUAACCCUUCGUGGUUUACUACUUUUCCAAAAUCUCAUGUGGAAUUUCAAGCACCGGUUGCCGUUAAAACUAAGAGGGAAACUAUCAGAGUUCUUGUUGAUGACAAUGGGAACAAAUUAGAAUCCUAUGAUGAAAUGGAUGCUGAACUGAUUGGGUAUUUCACUAACUUGAUUGGAACAGAAAAUACAGAAGUUAAAGCCUGCGACCAGAAUAUACUUCAUAAUUUUCUUCAAUACUCUCUGCCUUCAGACAUUUCGAAUGCACUUAUUAAAGAAGUAACACGAGAGGAGAUUAAAGAAGUUGUUUUCUGUCAAGUUGUCUAUAAAGCUGUUACAAAAAUUCUGGUCAAAAGACUAACAAAUUUACUCCCUAAUAUUGUUUCCCGAAAUCAAACUACUUUUGUCAAAGGAAGGAACAUUGAUAACACUCUUCUUGCACAGGAGCUAGUCAGAGGUUAUGGUAGGAAGACUAUCUCUCCUAGGUGCUCAUUGAAAAUUGACAUCCACAAGGCUUUUGAUUCUCUGCAUUGGGAUUUUAUCUCUGCUGUUCUGAAUGCUAUUGGUCUUCCUAGAAUUUUCAUUAAAUGGGUUGAAGCUUGUUUCACAGGAGCUCGUUAUUCCAUCUCUUUCAAUGGAAGUCUAAUUGGUUAUUUCAAAGGGCCAAAGGCUUAA